AUGCCAGUAACUAUCAGAAGAGCCACAAUAGAAGACAUGCUUUGCAUGCAAAAUGCGAAUCUCCAUAAUUUGCCAGAAAACUACCUUUUCAAAUACUACAUGUACCACAUCUUGUCGUGGCCUGAAGCAUCUUUUGUGGCGACCACAACAGACAACGUGGGAGAUUUGGAAGUGGGCUUCGAGGAAUUAGCUUCUUCCUCGAACAAUUCCACCUCAUCGUCGAUCGCAACCAAGUGCGAUCCCUGCUAUGUGCGUUCCGGAGAGAAAUUAGUGGGCUACGUUCUCGCCAAGAUGAAUGAUGAUCCUUCCGCUCAACAAGAUGCAGCGCUCAACGGUCACAUCACAUCGCUAAGUGUCAUGCGUACCUACCGUCGCAUGGGGUUGGCCGAGAAGUUGAUGCGCCAGGCGCUGUUUGCCCUUUCGGAGGUUUACAAGGCACAAUACGUGUCUCUGCACGUUAGGCAGUCCAACAGGGCCGCCCUGCAUCUGUACCGCGAUACUCUCGAGUUCGAGGUUCUUAGCGUUGAGAAAAGCUACUACUUGGACGGCGAAGACGCAUACGCCAUGAAGAAAGUACUAGACACUGACGAGCUGCUACCCGCUAACUUCCAGGGCAGCAAAGUUCAAGAUGAUUUGGAAUCUGACUUGUUACAAGAAAGCCCCGAAUCCCUGCAAGAAGGAAUUCAGCAGAUAACAGUCUAG